CCGUACGUGUGUACAGCUGAAACGUGAAGCGGGCUAUAGGUAGAGCACACGGGGUCCAUCCACGCACGGCUAGCUAUCCACCACGCACUGAAGGUACAGUGUUCAUUCGAUGCAGUGGCCAUGCAUUGGACAAGCGUGUAUGGCCGUCGAGUGCAGCUAUAAUCCAUGGUGCAUGUACACACCGUAUACAUGUCCAUGUUGCCAACCCAAAAUCGACGUUUAUUGCUACCAGAGUAGGGCCAAACGGCGGCGAUGUGUCACCCCUAAAGCCCAUCAGAGCGACAUGUCAGGUGAGGCCCACAUAUCUUGCCUCUUUCCUGAAAUACUGGCGCUCAUCUUCAGCUAUCUGGACGUGAAAGACAAGGGCCGUGUUGCCAAAGUGUGCCGGUCAUGGAGGGACGCAUCGUAUCACCGGUCAGUGUGGCGGGGAGUGGAGGCCAAACUACACAUCCGCCGUACCAACCCGUCUUUGUUCCCCAGUCUGGUGGCCAGAGGGAUACGGCGAGUACAGAUCCUCAGUCUUCGAAGGAGCCUCAGCCACGUCUUACAAGGUAUGCCUCACAUUCAGAGCCUAAACCUUAGCGGUUGUUACAAUCUGACGGACUUUGGGCUGUCACAUGCGUUCGUGCAUGAAAUACCCACACUGACAGUACUCAAUCUCAGUCUCUGCAAGCAAAUAACGGACACCAGUCUGUGGAGAAUAGCACAAUAUCUCAAGAACUUGGAAUCCCUCGACCUGGCCGGUUGCUGUAACAUAAACAACACGGGCUUACUCGUCAUCGCGAGGGGGUUGCCUAAACUCAAGUGUCUGAAUCUGCGGAGUUGUCGGCAUGUUUCGGACGUGGGGAUUGGCUACCUGGCUGGCAUGAGCAGUGAGGCAGCUAAAGGGGUGUGCAACUUGGAGGAACUGGUGCUACAAGACUGUCAGAAGAUCACAGACAGCGCGCUGAGCAACGUGGCGCAGGGAUUGCCACAACUACGGAGUCUGAACCUCAGCUUCUGCUGCGGGGUGACGGAUUCCGGAAUGGUCAACCUGUCCCGCAUGCCUAGCUUACGGGAGCUGAACCUCCGGAGUUGUGACAACAUCAGCGACAUCGGGAUAGCUCACUUGGCCGAGUGUGGCGGUCACUUCACGACGUUGGAUGUCAGCUUCUGCGACAAGAUAGGGGACGCGGCGCUGACCCACAUAUCUCAGGGAAUGUACAAUUUGACGAAUAUCAGCCUUAGCUCUUGCCACGUGACUGACGAUGGGCUGGACCGUUUGGUUCGUAACCUGCACGGGCUGACCACGCUCAACAUCGGCCAGUGUGUGAAAGUCACAGACAGGGGACUCAAACUGAUCGGGGAUCAUCUGCACAAACUCAAAUGCAUCGACCUGUACGGCUGCACCAAGAUCACUACGGUUGGCCUGGAGAGGAUAAUGCAGCUACCUUGCCUGUCGGUUCUGAAUUUGGGAUUGUGGCACAAGAGGUAGCCCAUUGCUUGACCCCGUAUAGGUGGGCAGAUAGGGGAAAUAUUUGGGGGAAUUGUGCCUAUGAUACAAGCAUGGUAUUUGGCACACAGUCAGAGUAUGACAUAAGAAAGAUAUUUGACU